AUCACUCUAAAAAACUUUUUAUUGGAUAUAAUAAAGUCAAGAAACUAAUUUGGGAAGAAUCCCACAUGCCCACAUAUUUUUUAGCCCAAAGAUCCCUUCUUUUUUUGCCUCUCUCUCUCUCUUCAUCUGCCAGCUUUGGAUUCGACAGCCAACAGAGUUUGUUACUCAGAUUCUUCAGCUUCUUAAGCUAUAGUCUCUAUAAUCUUCUGGGUAACAAGAAUGCAAUAGAUGGAAGCAUUGGCUAUAUAGUCACAAACAAUUAGGGAAGGACGAUAAAUUGAUGAGGAAAGAUCAUCGACAAAAUGCUUGAUGGUCAGGUCAUUUUACAGUCAUUUGUUCAUUGAAAGUGAAUCAAGACUCGCAUGGAGAUCAUUAUGGAAAUUUAGAGCACAAGUAAAGGUGGCAAAUUUUAUGUGGAUUGCACUGUAGGUCUGUGGGAUGCUAUUCCAGUGGCAGACAACUUAUGAAUAAGAAGAUAUAUAACCAUCAGAUGCUGUUGCUUCUGCAAGCAACGGGGAAAGGACACUGACCACCUUUUGCUACAUUAUAGCUUCACUUCGGAGUCACGUGCAUUGGUAUACUUUUAAUGUCGAGUUGGUCCAUCCCAGAAUAAUGGAAAGAUGAUGAAUAGUUGGUGGAAACAAAGGCUGGGAGGUAGCAGGAAGAGUUUAUGGAAAACUGCAGCCUUUAGUGUUAUUUGGCAUAUGAACAGAAAGACAUAGAAGAACUUUUGAGGGGGUUGAAAGUUCAAUGGCAUGCUAAUUGUUUUCUUUUGCUUAUAUUGUAUUUAUGAUAUGCACAGGGUGUAGAGGCUUGAGAGCCAUCAUUUUUAAAAUCGUUUUAUGUUUGGGCAGCAGAGGAAUUUGGGAAACUGUUGUAUUAAUAUAAAGUCAGUUCCGUUCGUUCUAUUUAUGGACAAAAAUCAACAUGCGGCCUGCAUUAUAUAUGCCAAGAUCUAGUGAAGCACAGCACAGUAGCAUGGGUGUCUCUGGAGCUACGCCUACGUCUUUACCCAGUUUGCCCAAAUUGGAGGAGAGAUUUCCCAAAUUGCCAGAUUCUCUUCAUGUCAUCUCAGAGAAGGAGCUAACUGCAAGCUUCAUUUCUCCACGGGCAAUUUCAUCGACGUCAAAGAGUGGAACAGUUGGGCACCUAUUGUCAUCCACUUCUGGACCCCACAGAGAUUUUCACUUUUUACCUUCCUCUCCUCAAGAAACUCGGCCACGUUACUAUCCAUUUAUCUCAAGUGGGGCUUCUAUGUCACCCAGCCAAGCUUCACACUCAAGUGUACAUUCUACCUCGUUGAAUACCGACCCCUUGGGGAACCACAAACAGAAUUCAUUUCAUGAGUUUCUUGCUUUUCCUACAAAUGUUCCUGUUCAAAAUGGCCAAGUGGAAAGCCUUGCCAGCGUCAUGACAUCCGAUGAUGGUGUUAAGAGAUCUGAUUGGCAGGACUGGGCUGAUCAGCUAAUUAACGAUGAUGACACUCUCGGUUCAAGCUGGAGUGAUAUCCUAGUAGAUGUCAAUUUUCCAGAUCCAGAACCUAAGCUGUUUGAGAUCCCUGCGAAACAGCCGCAACUUCCUCCUCCUGCUCCUGCUUCAUCGGGGCAAAGCUGCCCAGUUGGUAGCCCAUCAUCUUCCACAUCUAAGCCUCGAAUGCGGUGGACCCCAGAGCUUCACGAAGUUUUUGUAGAAGCUGUCAAUAAGCUUGGUGGCAGCGAAAAAGCUACUCCGAAGGGUGUCUUGAAGCUCAUGAAUGUGGAAAGCUUAACCAUCUAUCAUGUUAAAAGCCACUUGCAGAAAUAUAGGACUGCCAGAUACAAACCAGAUCCCUCUGAAGGAAUUUCAGAAAAGAAGCCAACUAUCGUCACGGAGAUGCCAUCUCUGGACUUAAAAACGACUAUGGGGAUAACAGAAGCAUUGAAAAUGCAGAUGGAAGUGCAGAAACAGCUUCAUGAACAACUUGAGAUCCAAAGAAAGUUACAGCUGCGGAUUGAAGAACAGGGGAAAUACCUUCAGAUGAUGUUUGAGAAGACGAAAAACAUGGGGAAAGAACUAAAUGUAUCAUCAUCAAAAUCAGAGGAACCUCCUUCACCAUCCACAGAAAUAAAUCAUUCCCUUCCUGAUGAUAAAUCAGACGCCCCCGAGCAGGAUCAUGUCAGCGUUGGUUCAAGUGAUGCUUCAAGAUCUCUAGAGGAUCUUACCAAGAACAAUGAACGAAAGUCGCCCAAAAGGAAAGCAUGUGAGAGUCAUGACACGGACGUUAGAGACUUAAGUUCCCUUCCAGCAGAAGGUGCAAAAUCGGAGGAAAUGUCACCUUCAUGAGCCUUGACAGACUCUUUGUAAUUGUAACUUUGUAGCAAGAAUAGCUGUAAUGUGAAUUGUGGUGUCAAUGUUGUUGACAGACUUGUAAAAAAAAGAUUUCUGGAUUAUAAACCAACCAGUCUUUCUACCUU